AGUUCUGCUCUCAUGUUGCUGCCGAGAAUCAUCUCAGAUGCGUCGAUCAACAUUUGUAGAUCGAUCAAAACGGAGGAUCUGUAAAUAAUAGGCUAUUUUACAGGUGAUGUCAGGUGAGAGAGGAAACGGCUGCGCAGAGAGACACCUCUCACGUGGACUGUUUCCCCUGAUGUAAUCUCCACAGCCCGGUAGGUGGCGGCCUGUCCAAGCGAAAAUAAUCAGAUUAAACGAGCCGAAAUUCGGAUGGACCUGCCGGCUACCGGACACAGUGUGCACCUGGUGGAUCUGAUCCAGGGGCAGGUUGUGUGCGCCGCUUUUACUUUUUAUUAUUGAGCUAUAGCGUUUUCACCUGCUGAUCACAUUGUAGCCUUUAUUAAAAGGAGACAGAUCUGUUUGUGGCGGGGAAUCCGCGUCUUAUAGGCAUACUGCAACGCCGUGACGCAACUCACACUCCUGCUGCAACACAAUAAAAUAUGAAUCGCCAGAAUGCCGACGAGGGACGCCUCUUCUGUGGGUGUAAAUAUCAUUUAAAUGGUGAGGAGGAGGGGGUGUGGCGCUGACCGUCUCCCAUUCACCAAAACAACACACGCCCAGAGAGCUCGUGCAUUUGUGGCGUAAAAAGAAAAAAAGCCGUGCCGGGGAUCUGGUUUGAUCACUGUGGCGCUGUCUGCUGUGGACACUUGCUGGAUGCACAGGCCAGCCAGCCCCUCGACAGCCCGCCGUGCUCCGUCCGCAGGCUCCGGGCUGCGAAAAAAAAAGCGCUCCACGCAGGGAUCCUCAUCGCAUUACGCAGAUUCAAAGCGCUGGAUGCAGAGCGAGACCAAGUGGCCUGCACAUGAAGAUGCGAUAAGUACGGCGUGUUAGCACCAUGAUCCAUGGCUGUGGUGUUCAGUGUGUCAGUGCAAGUUGUGUUGCAUAAGGAGACUGAAUGCCUCUGAAAUCUCAAGGCUGUGAGCCCUGUGCAGGGUGGUGAUGAGCAGUCAGGGCAGCAGCAGCAGGGGAAGUGGCCAGCAUGCUGACACUCCUCCCCCUCGUCAUGCCCCCGGACCCAAGCUGCAGGUGCAGCGCUCCCUCUCUCGUGACACCAUCACCAUCCACUUCUCUGCUCUGGGAAAGGAGGAAGAUGACGAGGACGAGGAGCUCUACGGGGUACCUGUUGCAUCUGCUGGGGCUAGAUCUGGACUUGUUGAUGCAGGGGGACUUCAAGGUCUAGAAACUUCAGGGGCUGAUGACCAGUCUGUCAGCAAAGGCUUGGAGGCAAAAGAGGAGCUGCUGUUUGAAUCUGCUGGUGUGGAGGUCUCAUCAGGAGCUGCUGUGCUUCCUGUUUCAUCCACCACCCUGUCUGUGCAGCCCUCAGACCCUCACCCACACAAACCCUCUCCAGCCAUGACUAUUAUCCCCACCUCCACCCACUCCCACCUGAGCUCCAACCCUCCCGCCAGCUCCUCCUGGCCCUCUGACAGACCCCCAGCCAAUCCCCCAUCCACAAGCUCCAGCUCCUCCUCCCCUUGCAAGUCUGCAGCGCUGACAUCCUCAAAACCUUUCCUCAGCCUUGUCAGGUCCUUGUCGAAUGACGUUGAGUCUCGAGAAACCACUCCUGCGCCUACCACUGUUGCACCAUCACACGCACGCCACCGUCAGUUAAUGAAAUCUUUUGUUAAGUCUCUUUCCACGGACACUUCAAUGGCCGAACAUCAGGAAGGACCUCUUCAUCACUAUCUUCAUUAUCCCCCUCAUCAGCAACAGCCAUCCCAUCGGCUUCCACCUCGCAACAUGCAGCUCUUCAAACAGUUCUCUCAGCCUCGCUUAUCCUCCUGCCCCGUCAUUGUCACUCAAGCAGGUGGGGACUCCAAAACAGCCCCCUCUUCCCCCAUCAUGUCCCCAGAUGGGAGGUCUUUCUUCAAGGUCCAAGAGGUGGAGGCCAGGAUAGAAGAUACCAAGCGACGACUGUCAGAGGUGAUGUCAGACCCCCUGCAGCUUUUUAGUAAGAUCAUGGGGGACGAGUCUGGCAUGGGAGCUGUUGGAAGUGCCACUCAUCGUGCCAAAUCGCUGUCCUCCAGUGCAUCAGAGCUCAGUGUAGUGACAGCGGUAAACGGACAUGCAGAAGGUAACAACUAUAGCAUCAAGGAGGAGGAAGUGGCAGAAGGGGAAGAAGACGAAGAAGAGGAAGAAACCCCCACAGGCAAGGGCCCUGACUCUGUAUUUUUCUCCUUCCCAUCACUAGCACCAGCCCCAGCCCUUAUCCAGGCCUCCUCAUCCACUUUCCCAAGGUCUCCUUCUCUCACUCUGGGCCGCUGCUCUAUGUCGGCACUGGUAGCUCGACAGGAAGAUGAGGACUUCUGUGAAUUGUACAGCGAAGACUUUGAGUUAUGUACAGAUACAGAAACACCAGAUGGGGAUCGUCUCGGGUACCGGCAGCCUCAUACUGGUAGCACUGGGUUGUGUAGUGAACUUGACACAGAGGAGGAGGAGAAAGAGGAGGAGGAGGAGUUGAAGACGUUGCCUGUGACUGGUCUCAUCUUCCUGACACAGUUGGUGUACUUGUAUUUAGUCCUCCCGGUGUCACCAUAUGUAUGUGCAGUGGUGCAUGGGAUAGUAGCUGGGUUCAUGUUGGCCUUGCUAGUCCUUUGGCUGUCCUCUCCUCGACGCUCCUCAUCAGGGACAAGAAGAGGGAGGCGAAGGAUAGAGCACUGGAAUGUGGCUCAGCUGGAUAUCAAAGAACCAGGAAUCUUCAAGGGCUGGAUGAAUGAGAUCCACAACUACGACCCGGAGAUGUACCACGCCACUCUGACCCACUCCAUUUAUGUUCGUCUAGAGGGCUCCGUCCUGCGUCUGUCUAAGCCCAACCGGAACAUCUCCCGCCGUGCCACUCACAACGAGCCUAAACCUGACGUCACCUACAUCAGCCAGAAGAUCUAUGACCUGACUGACAGCAAGAUCCAGCUGGUGCCACAAAGCUUGGCUAGGAAGAGAGUUUGGAACAAGAAGUAUCCCAUUUGCAUUGAGCUGGCCAAGCAGGAGGACUUCAUGUCCAAGGCCCAGGGAGAGAAGCCCGAAGCUGGGGAGGACAAAUUGACAGGGCUGGGUGAGAAGCUAGAACGAAUGGAAAAAUGCGAGAAAGUUGAAGUAUCAGGAUCAGCAGAGGAACCCAAAAGGCCGACCUCUGGAGGGGGGGAUCUGACAAUUUACUUGUUUGGGAGGACGGGUCGGGAAAAGGAAGAGUGGUUCCGGAGAUUUCUUCUAGCAUCCCGAAUGAAGUCAGAGGGGAGAGGUGGCAGUCUCCCUGGCAUCUGCAAGAGUGCCUUCUUGCCCUCCCACAGCCGCAGUAGCAGCACCCAAUCUGGUGGAGGCCUGGAGGCUGACAGCAGGAGCAGCAGCCGGGGAAGCCUGGAGGAGCUGCCUCAGUCUCGCCACAGAGAGAUUUCCUCUGCUCUCUCCUGUGGCUCUACUGGAGGGAUGAAACAGAAGAUGCUGUUGGACUAUAAUGUCUACAUGGCCAAAUAUGUAAACCCCCAGGCACCACAGAGAAGCCCAACUGCCACUGACAGCCCUGGACACAGCCCCGAGAGCAGCCCCAAAACUACCAAAAAGAUACGCAGGAGUUCAGAGGAGACUGUGGAGCCUGAGGCCUGGGUCAAUGCUUUUCUGGGAAGGACAUUCUGGGACUUCCUGGGAGAGAAGUACUGGGCCAAUGUAGUCUCCAAAAAGAUCCAAAUGAAGCUCAGUAAAAUCAGGCUGCCAUAUGUUAUGAAUGAGCUGACUUUGACAGAGCUAGACAUGGGCUUUUCCAUUCCUAAAAUCCUCCAUGCCUCCAAACCCUCUGUGGACCACCAAGGUAGGAAGAGAAGCUACACUAGCCCCUCUGUGUGCCUCGCUCUAUUAAGCCACAGUGAUUAAACUUCACGUCUUGGGUCCCCCUCACCCAUUACUGAGACAUUGACUCGCCCUGCCUGCUGCCUGCCUUGAGCCCCAGCACUGGGAUGGGACUGGAACACAUAGAGACAAUACAGAGAUGUGAGGCAUAUUAACUCCUACCGAGGAGGCUGGUUGAGGGAGAAAAUGAGAAGCUUAAGAAGCGGGAAAAAAGGAAACAAGUUGUGGGAGGUGCGUUUCAAUCCUUAGUGCUGCUUUUAAGUAGAAAGCAGAGCAAGGGAUGAGUAGAUUGCCAUAUUUAUAUUUUUCUGUCCUAAUUUUUGAAAUAGUCUGGGUUUGUCCAAAGGCUGUUGAGUCUAAUUUGAUCUUGCAUCUAAAGAUAUAAGAAAACUGACAAGGUAUUACAUUUUGCUAUUCAGUUGAAGGAGCCAGCCGUGAGACAUUCUCCUGUCAGCCACAUUUCCACAGCUGAGUUUGCAAUGCUCAUUAAUGUGUUCUGUCUGAACCUAUACACCCACAGAUAUAUACUCACAAAGCAUCAUCAGUUGAUCCCAGCACAUAAUUAGUCUUGGGGGAAUGGAAUCUCUAGGAGUGCUGUUCUGUAAAUCUGCAUGAACUGAGCAGGAUGCAUUUGCUUUGAUAGUAACAUACCUAAUUUCAUGUCUUGUACAUAUUUAUUUUAUCUUGUGAUGGUGAUAAGAAGGAGAGUGAGAGUGCUUCCUGAGUCCCUAAUGUUGGGAAGACAUGAUUUGAUUUACAAUGUUUAUACUGUGCUCCAAGAGCUACUAAAUGCACACAAGCAGAGUGCAGAGUAGAGCUCAGCAUUACAUAAUAAAAUAUGAUUUUUUAUUCAGUACCUAGACAUUGAUAAUGUGACCAUGUUUAGUAUGACUAUCAAAUCUACUAAACUAUCUAUAAGAUUGGACAUAAAAUAGGGUUUGGUAAUAUUAGUGUUUGAGGAGAAAAAAGGGUCUACAGUCACGUGAGAGUGCUCAUUAUAAAGAAAACCAGUCCGUUAGUUUUUGAUCUAGUAGUUAUGGUAAAGUAAAUGGAAUAUAUGGCCAGAGGGUGGUGUCAGAAUAAAGGCAUUUGGCAACUUGUAUCAGAAGGGUUUAUCAUGUUGUGAGCAUGAAAAUGUUAAGAGAUAUGUGUGACAGUAUUACAUAGUUUAUUUGUGAGGAUGGUAUAAGCAGCCCUCACAGAUUUUUACUGUUUGCAGUGUCAGGUGAGCAAAGAUGUGAAAUAUGAACUACAGAGAUAUAAGAAAUAUAGUCUUUUUUUCAUCUUUUGGGCAUGAAGUGUAUAAUGUGUAUAGUGAUGGUUGUCAUUUCUGUACAGUUUAAACAUCAUCAGUGUUUUCAUCAUUGUUUACCACUGUUACCAUCUUACUUUAGCGUGUUAGCAUGCUAACAUUUGCUAAUUAGCACAAAGUACAGCUGAGGCUGAUGGGAAUGUCAUUCAUUUUCCUGGUAUUUGGUCGUAAACCAAAGUAUAGCACAAACUGACACAGACUUGUGCUGACUGGUGCUAUAUGAAAAGUGACCAAAGUUCACAAAGACGAUGACUGUCUGCACCACAUUGCAUGGUAAUCCGUACAACAGUCAACACAUUUCACUCUGAACCACAAAUGUCAAGCCGCUGGUGGCACUAGAGAAAAUGUUGGGGGGAUCUCCAAAGUCAUAAAGAUUCAUCAUGUGGGCACCAUAAAUACCUGUUCCUAAUUUCAUGGCAAUCCAUCCAAUAGUUGUUGAGAUAUUUCAGUCAGGACCAAAAUGGUUGACCGACUGGCCAACACAUCGACAUUGCCGUCCAUAGAGCAACAUUACUAGCAUAAUUAAAAGUCAUUAAUGUGGAUAUGAUGGCCAAGCAUCAGUUCCAUGAAUUGAUUUCACCAUACUUCAAGUAGAAAACAAUAUAUAAAGUAUAUAUGACAAUAACCUAGAUUCAAGGUAAUAUCUUAUCUCAUAUAAUAUUGCUGUUAUAGUUAUAUAUUUCCCAGUUCUAUCUAGAAACACACAUGCUUAUGUCAGUGGUGCAGAUAUGUUGACUCCUCCAAAAUUAAUCAGGCACUCCAGACUGUCUCUCCCUCCUGUGUGUCUUGUUCUAGACAGAGACAACAAGCGACUGUCUAACGUGUUCUGACUUAGUGCUGUCAUUUAGCUUCUCUUUGAGACUGCUGCCACACACAUACAAAUCAAUCAGCAUUUACAGAGUGGACAAUGAAGAGGACAAAGGAGCCAGGCAGAGGAUUAAUAAACAACACUUAUCAGUUGUAGAGGUUAGGAUUCAUGAGGCAAACAGCAGGGGGAUAGAAAUCUGAAUCGUUCUCACGUCGCCUCCUGAGAAGUGGGAUGUGUAAACAGGAAGUACCCUGAUGAAGUCAGCCAAUAAGGAGGCACUGCUGCCCUAGAGCUGACCUUUUCAGUGUUUGUUGAGGAUAGGUCUUCUUCCUGGCAGCUCUGCAGGGAACCUUACAGCAAUUAGACACCAGGCAGGAGGUUCUUGUUUAUUAACAGAAAUAGCAUGCAGAGUUGGCCACUUUUGAUGCUGCUGUGGUAUUGUUGGGGAUGUAAAGUAGCAUGGUUUUAAUAUUGAAACAUAAUAUGUUGGUGUCUUUCCCUCA